AUGCGUAUGACUUUUUCUAAAUGCACACUCGGAUCAAGUACUGGACAAGCACCUGGAGAAGAUAGUGAAGUUAUCUUAUACCCUCAGGCAAUUUUCAAGGACCCAUUCCGUGGAGGAAACAACAUUUUGGUCAUAUGUGACACCUAUACACCGGCUGGUGAGCCCAUUCCUACAAACAAGCGCUACAGAGCUGCACAGAUCUUUAGCAACCCGAAGGUUAUAGCAGAAGUACCAUGGUUUGGCAUAGAGCAAGAGUACACCUUACUGCAAACAAACGUGAAAUGGCCCUUGGGUUGGCCUGCUGGAGGCUACCCCGGUCCUCAGGGCCCUUAUUACUGUGGUGCUGGAGCAGAUAAGAUAUUUGGACGGGACAUAUCUGAUGCUCAUUACAAGGCCUGCUUAUACGCUGGAAUAAAUAUUAGUGGAACGAAUGGUGAAGUUAUGCCUGGGCAGUGGGAAUUUCAAGUAGGUCCUAGCGUGGGAAUUGAAGCUGGAGAUCACAUCUGGUGUGCUAGGUACCUUCUUGAGAGAAUUACUGAACAAGCAGGAGUUGUUCUUACACUUGAUCCAAAACCAAUAGAGGGUGACUGGAAUGGUGCAGGAUGCCACACCAAUUACAGUACAAAGAGUAUGAGGGAGGAUGGAGGGUACGAGAAAAUAAAGAAAGCAAUCCUGAGUCUAUCUCUUCGACACAAGGAUCACAUAAGUGCUUAUGGAGAAGGAAAUGAAAGAAGGUUGACAGGAAAGCACGAAACUGCUGAUAUCAACACAUUUUCUUGGGGAGUUGCUAAUCGUGGUUGCUCAAUCCGUGUUGGGCGUGAAACUGAGAAGAAUGGCAAAGGUUAUUUGGAAGACAGGCGCCCCGCUUCUAACAUGGAUCCGUACGUUGUUACUUCAUUACUUGCCGAAACUACUAUUCUUUGGGAGCCCACACUUGAGGCAGAAGCUCUUGCUGCACAGAAGAUUGCAUUAAAGGUUUAAACAACUGAAGCUGCAGUACAAAGACGUGAACUUAUUCUGAAAUGCACGAGCUCGUAGGACUGCAGCUCGUUCUCUUUAUCUGUAACCACUUUGGGGAGAUGCCAUGUAAAUGAGGAACCUAAAUUGGCUGUCAGCCGUUCUUAAUUAAUUGGUUCCUUUGAGAUUCCAAUUUGUUUGGGAUCAGAGGGUUCAUGAAUCUGUUUUGUAGAUUGACAUUCGAUUGUGCUUUUUUUUUUUUUCUAAUGAGAUGGUGCUUUGGUUUUUCUGUUUUA